AUGUGCGUCCCGCGCUGCUUCUUCCUCCCCCUCCUCCUCUUCCUCCUCCUCCUCCCGCUGUUGGCGGCCCCCAGCCCCGCAGUGGCCCCGUCGGGGCGGCCCCGUGCCCGCCGAGGGCUCACCUACCCCGGGACGCUGUGGUGCGGCGCUGGGAGCAACGCGGACAGCUACGAGCAGCUGGGUGAGCACCGUGACACCGACCGCUGCUGCCGUGACCAUGACCACUGCCAGCACGUCAUCCACCCCUUCACCUCCCGCUACGGUUACCGCAACCUGCGCUGGCACACCAUCAGCCACUGCGACUGCGACCGCCGGCUGAAGGAGUGCCUGCAGCAGGUGAACGACACGGCGUCGCGCGUGGUGGGACAGGCGUUCUUCAACGUCAUCCAGGUGCCGUGCUUUGAGUUUGCCUACAAGGAGGAGUGCGUGCAGCCGUACCUCUACGUGUGGUGCAGGGCGUACAACACGGUGGCCGUGGCGGUGCCCAAGGAGCCGGUGCUGUAUGAGUUUGGUGGGGAGCUCAUUGACAGGGCGGCGUGGCCUGGGGGGGAACCCCUGGAUCCCCCAGCUGUGAAAGCGAGGAAAAGGAUGAAGGAGAAGAGGAAGAAGGGGAAAAGUUUGAAGAAGAGCCCUUCUGGAAUUGGGGAGCUGAGCCACGCCGCAUCCAUCCCCCCCAUUCCCCCCAGCUCAGGGGGACAGGGCAGCAGGAAGAGGAGGAGGAAGGAGAGGAACAGAAAGAAGAGGCUGAAAAGCAACACUGAGGCAGCGUGA